AUGAACCUGCGGCUUCAAGAAAAAUUCUGUCAGGCACACAAAGCUCGUACUGCAGACGACGUUUGGCAAGAUCGAGGAUAUCCUAGGAUCGACUGGUCCGCUCUACAUUCUCGACUGCGCGCGCAUCAUGGCCACAUUCACGCCAUUCUCGAUGGACAUUAUGAAAGCCCUUACUACAAGCAGCAUGCGAAGUUGGUCUCCCAGAGCAAAGGUCGUUCCGCCGGGUCAGCUGCAGCGUCAGGCCGUUUCACUGGCUUACGUGCUGGCUACUACGGGACGAAAGGCGAGAAGAUCAUGGCCGAAAACAUUAUCCAGAAGUUUUCAGACGAACUCCGUUCUCUCUCCAGGACAGAGCCACUCAUGGCUAUUAGUGGUGCGUCUGGCGGCGUCUCAGGCUACGUACAUGCAAUUUUGGUACCGGAGAUGGCUGUCAGUUUAAUCAUGGAGGACAUGCACUGCGACAGAGACAAGGCCAGACUCAUCCUGGCCGACAGCGCAGACAUAGGCGAAAUGUUCAACGCAGAGGAGGACGAAAAGGUCCAGCGUGUCGAGGUUGAUCUGCUAAACACAAGCGGUACCAAUGACGAUGAUGAUGAGGUCUUCCACACGCAAAAGCCUCGGAAAGGAUUCAGAUUGGCUUAG